AUGAUCCUUCUCGCUGCAGCAGGCUGGCUGGGCCGCGAGGUGGCCGGAGAGCCCAAGACAAAGGGAGAACGACUCAAAAGAAACAUGCAUCCCUGUUUUCCUUAUUUGUUGCUGAUGCCGCCGAAUACUACGACGUUUGUCUCGAAGGAACGUGCAGUAGCGUCGCGCAGUGUCCAUUCUAGCAAAGGCGAGGCUUCUCGCUGGUGGGAAUGGCACGUUUAG